AUGUUUGCACGAGCCGAGGCACCAAAGUCUAAUCAUUUCUCUGUUCCCUUGGAAUCAAAAUACUUGGCAACCAUCCUUUCACAUUUCAAGAUACCUGACGACUCGAUGAAGGCAAAGCAGGUAGCUGACACCCUUCGAUCAUGCGGCGAACAGGGUAAAAAGAAGGAGCCUCACAUGUGCUUCUCAUCUCGCGAAGCAAUGGCAAGGUUCGCCACCAGAGCAUUAGGAGUCAGCCGCACACGAGCAGCCAUUACAAGGAUUCAUGGGCAUGAGACCCCCAACUCCAUGUACGUCGUGGAACAUAUCACCCAAGUCAGCAAUAAUGUGGUGCCAUGCCGCCCUAUGGACUUCCCGUAUGAGGUUUUCUAUUGCCAUCGGCCGAAAGAGGUGCAGUCUUUGACGGUGCAAAUCAAGGGUCUGAAAGAUAGCAUGCCAUAUGUGACGGCAACAGUAAUAUGCCACAUGAACACAUCUGGCUGGGACAAGCAAUACUUUCAGCUGCUGGGCGGAGAGCGUGGUGAACCUAUUUGCCAUUACAUGCCUCACAAUUACAUCAUGUUCUAUUAG